UUAUCACAACGUUGUCACCGCCACCUGAGAAACAUCCCAAACGUUCGUCAAAUUGGUCGAAGAGCUUGUGACCACUGGGGGUUUAUGCCCUGAUGGAGCAGCAGCCAGACACAUUUUGAAGAGCAGUAAGUCAACCAUACCUUUUUGAAAAUGUACACAGAGAAAGUUCUGCGCGAGAUGGGCUACAAGUUGGGAGCAACAAUCGGUGAGGGAAGCUACUCCAAAGUCAAAUUGGCCAGCUCCCAGAAACACAAUUCUGAGGUGGCCAUAAAAAUUGUGGACCGCAAAAAGGCUCCCCAUGACUUCGUCCACAAGUUUCUACCCAGGGAGCUGACACUUUUGAGGGGAGUGAGACAUGACAAUAUUGUCCAUGUACACGAAUUCAUAGAGGUUUGCAACGGCCGACUAUACAUCGUGAUGGAUGCUGCAGCGACUGAUCUUCUCCAAAAAAUCCAAGAGGUCAAUUCCAUCCCCAUGGCCCAAGCCAAGACCAUGUUCUCCCAGAUUGUCAGCGCUGUGAACUAUCUCCAUCAAAACAACAUCGUCCAUCGAGACAUGAAAUGUGAGAAUGUGUUGCUGACUAGGGACAACCAGGUGAAGAUCACAGACUUUGGUUUUGGGAGGUUUGCUAUGGGCUACCCUGAGCUGAGCAGGACCUACUGUGGUUCAGCGGCCUACGCCCCACCGGAGGUACUCCUCGGAGUUCCAUAUGACCCCAAGAAAUAUGAUGUGUGGAGCUUGGGUGUGAUUCUCUAUGUCAUGGUCACUGGGUGUAUGCCGUUCGAUGAUUCCAAUGUCAGCAAACUCCCGCGCGCUCAGCGAAAGGCCUUGGUCUACCCGGACGACGUCACAGUGGAAGAGCCAUGCCAGCAGUUAAUUGCCUAUCUGAUGCAGUUCAGCCCUUCUAACCGCCCAACAAUCCAACAGGUGGCAGAGCAGUCUUGGUUGCAAUAGGCCAGGACAAUGUGAGUGAUUAAAUCAUGUGCAAC